AUGAAAAUAAUCAUAAUCGGCGCCGGCAUAAGCGGCUGCGCAAGCUACCUCUCCCUCCAAAAACACCUCCCCCAAACACCGGGAUCACCACACAGCUACGCAAUCUACGAAGCCUACGACACAAGUCGCGACACGACCUUCCGCGAACGGCCCGCAACUGACGACACCCGCUCCGCAACCCUAGUCGUCGGCGGCGGUUUAGGCGUUGGCGCCAACGGCCUCAACGUCCUAAAACGGCUUGAUGAAUCUCUAUACGCAGACGUGGUGGCGGGCGGAUACCCGUACUCAAACUUCAAACUAAAGAGCGCGUACGGCUGGACGUUGAUGAACGUCGAGGCGACGGCGGAUGUAGAUGGGAAGAUCAUGAACUCGGUGUCGAUGAGUCGGCAUUCUAUCUGGCAAGCUCUCCGGGACCGGAUUCCGUCUGAUGUGAUUGUGAAUAAAAAGAUUUAUCGUGUUGUUCUUAAUGGAGGGGCCUCCGGUCGACAUCUUAUUACUUUUACGGAUGGGAGUGAGCCUGUUGAAGCGGAUUUAGUUCUCGGUGCUGACGGGCUGAAAUCUACCGUGAAACGCGCUCUUUUCGAUGCCGAGACGGCGGAAGAUGAUCCGUAUCCGCCGCAGUAUGAAGGCCUAACAGGAGUGGGCGGCUUCCACCCGGUAACACCCAGCCUCCGCGCAAACAUUCCAACCAGCUCAAUGACAAUAACAUUCGGCGGUAACGGCUUCUUCGGCUAUGUCUACUCGAGCAGCUCCGAAACCGACAGCUCCAGGACAUCAGCCUACAACAUGCCCUCCCCAGGAAACACAAUAACCUGGUGGUCAACAUAUGGAGCCGAGGACUGCCCCGAGCCCAAAACAGCUGACAAAGCGGCCAUGAACGCAGACCUGAAAGCCAGACACGCACACUGGAAAGACCCCGUCAUCCAAGAAAUUAUCCGAGACGUUCAUGUCGAAACGAUGUGGCCAACCUGGACGACGCCGGAACUCCCGAUGUGGGAAAGAGAGGGAAUUGUCCUGCUUGGUGAUGCGGCGCAUGCAUUGCCGCCGACGUCUGGGCAGGGGUCUGCGCAGGCUUUGGAGGAUGUGGAGUGUUUUUCGCUUUUUUUGAAACAUCAUUUGGAGCGGGUAUAUACUCAAAACCCAGCUGGUGAUGGACAGGGAGUGAGUCAGGCGGAAAGAGAGGCUAUCCAGGUUGCUGCGAAGAAGUAUAUGGCUUUGCGGAUGCCGCGGGUGAAGGCUAUUUUGGAUGAAGCGAGGCAGAGACAGCAGGGCAAGAAGAACAUGAAUGUUGUUCAGGAGUUUGUGAUGUACCUGAUUCUGUGGUUGGUUGGUUGUUUUGCGCCUGCGAAUCCAGCAAAGCCUAUUUUGGAAUAUAACAUGGCGGAGGAAGUGCGAAAGGUACUUGCGGAAGAGGACAAUGAGACCAAAUAA